AUGCCACCAGUACUACCGACUACGUCCAUACUACCGGCCUACCAAGCCUCAGCUCGCCCGACGCACCUCUCGCCGACCGCUUCCCCACCCGCCUCGGCCUCGCCGACUCGAGCACGCUGCUUCGUCCAGCGCCACGAUGUGCACCCUCAGCCGUCACAGCAAGUGACCGCCGGCCGAGCGGCGCAAGAGCGCACAGCGACCCGCCCUCGCCCGUCACCGCCGCCUCAACUUGCGUCCUCGGCACCUCUCGACGACGACGAGCGCACGCUCGCUUCGCCCGCAGAGCCUCGAGUGUUCAGUGUCACGCCAACGAGGAACAAGCUCGCCACCCUGUCGGGACUCGUCAAGCGCAGGAGGAAACGUGUGCCGCUCGAGGCCAAAGCUCUUCAUGUCGGUCAUUCGGUCGACACGAGCUGCUGGAUGAGCUACGUCCCCGACGAAGCGAAGCUCGACGAGCUUUACCUGCCCGGCACCCAUGACUCCCUCGCCCUCUUCUAUCCGCUCCUGUCCUCAAUCUGCCAGUCGACCCCGCUCCUCAACCAGCUGAAAGGCGGCAUCCGGUUCCUCGAUCUUAGGUUCUCGCUCCUCGACGACGGCGAGCUGUGGGCCUAUCACGGCAUCGUGCCGCAACGACUUAGCGCGGCCGACGCGUUCGAGGAGGUGUACCGCUGGCUCGAGGGCGAGGGCAGGAGCGAGUGCGUCGUCGUCAGCUGCAAGCAGGAAAACCCGGCGCCACAUUUCGCCGAGACCUUGUGGGCCCUCCUCGACCGCACCUCUCGUUCUCGCGCCUUGUGGUACGACGAAGACCGCUGGCCGUCCCUCGGCGAGGUGCGCGGCAAGUGCGUCAUGUUCUGUCGCUUCGGGUGGGACACGCAGCGUGGCCUGCAUCCGCCUGAAUGGCCGAACGAUUCGCGUGCAGCAUGGCGCACCACGAUCGGCGGGCGCGACACGCUCGUCCAGGACUGGUACGGUCUAUCGACACCCAUCGCGAUCCCCAAGAAGGCCGCCCUCGCGCUCUCGCUCUUCACGCCCGACUCGCCGCUCCUCCCUCCCUCAUCCUCCGCUGCCAAAACCACCGCCACCGACGCCCGCCCGCACCCCCUCUCGACGCCCGACCCCCUCCCUCACCGCAUCUCGUACCUCUCCUGCGCCUCGUUUCCGCUCCUCUUUCCCUCGGUCGCCGCCAAAGGGUUCGGCGCGCCCUCGCUCGGCCUCGGCUGGCGCGGCGUCAACGAGCUCGUCCUGCGGGGCCUGCGACGCCUCGCUGCUACCGAUGCUGCUACUGCUGCGGCGGUGGCAGCUGGCGUGGGCGAGGGGAAGGACGAGGGAGCAGGGGGAGGAGCGAGGGCGAGGGGGAGGAGGUACGUGCGCGGCGAGGGGGGCAUGGUCGUCCUCCUCGACUUUUGGGAGAGCACGGCGGACAGCUCGGGACGAGGGAGAGACGCGGUGCGACAGGGAGGACUCGUGCUCGAGGUCGUCCAGAUGAACUUUGCGGCGUAGCAAAGCCUGUCGAGGAGCGCUGCAACCUUGUCUCUCUCUCU